AAUUUGUAAAUGGGCAAUGUGACUACAUAUAAAACGGAAGUUCAUUAAUGACAAUAUAUAUCCCGGUUAUUCCCCUUAGUUUUUCUUGAUCGAAUCAAACUGUGACAAACUCUUCUGCGACUGAACGUCAGAGAUGCGACAUACAACCCACGUGUCUGGCGGAAAUUAAUACAAGCUCAACACAUGUCAACAACAAAUGAUUUUAUGAUUGUCACUGUAUUAUAUUAAAUAACUGAAAUAUAGAACUUGAUUAAUUUCUGAAUUGUUGUGUCUUGGACAGAAUGGCAACAGAUGCUAAAAGACUCAAGGUUGAUGACAGCUCAGCUACUGACGGGUUUGAGGUCAAACCUCUUCAGGUCUUUCUGCGGUGGUGUGACCAAGUCGGACUGACUCUAAGCAGCAAGGUUUAUGUAAGUAAGGAAGGUACAGUAUCCGAGUAUGGCAUGCUAGCAAAGGAGGACAUAGAGGAAGGAGAGGUGCUCUUCUCCAUUCCCAGAUCAGCCCUUCUCAACCAGAGCACCACCCAAGUCUCUGCUGUCCUGGAGGAAGCCAAGGCAUCUCUGGAGAACACCUCUGGCUGGGUGCCACUGCUCCUGUCUCUGCUGUCUGAGUACACCUCUCCCCAGUCCUUCUGGAAACCCUACCUCUCCCUCUGGCCCAACUUCAAGGCCUUGGACCAGCCCAUGUUCUGGUCUAAGGAGGAGCGGGAGCAGCUGCUGAAGGGGACAGGGGUGCGGGAGGCGGUGGACACAGACCUGACCAACAUCCAGAAGGAGUACCAGGACAUCGUCCUGCCCUUUAUCCUCCUCCACCCGGACCUGUGGAGCCCCCAGACACACACGCUGGAACUCUACACACGCCUGGUGGCCUUUGUUAUGGCCUACAGUUUCCAGGAGCCUUUGGAGGAUGAGGAGGAAGAAGAUGAUAAGGACCCCAACCCACCAAUGAUGGUGCCCAUGGCAGACAUGUUGAACCACGUAGCCAACCACAAUGCCAAUCUGGAAUACACCCCGGAGUUUCUGAAGAUGGUGUGUGUGCGCAGCAUCAGGGAAGGAGAGGAAGUCUUCAACACUUACGGCCAGAUGGCUAACUGGCAGCUCCUGCACAUGUAUGGCUUUGCUGAGCCGUAUCAUAGCAACAGCAACGACACGGCCGACAUCCCAAUGUCCAACGUCUACAAAGCUGCCGUGCAGGCGACCAAGACAGAGAGUGAGCAGCGCCUCCUUGUGGACAAGUGGAACACUCUGUGUGAGAUGGAGAUGGUGGGAGAGAAGGGGGUCUUCAUAUUUGGCAAAUCUGGCUCGCUCACAGACACAGAGAUGUACACCACCCUCAAGAUAUUGUGCAUGUCAGCGGAGGAGUUUGGGGAGUUUCGAGAGAACGAGGGAUGGGAGGAGGCGGAGGAGGACGAGGAGGAGAAGAUCACCCAGGCUCUGUGUAACGAGGGUCUGCCAGGGCUGCCAGCUCCCUGGAGGCGUCUGCUGCGUGCGGCGGCAGGGUUCACGCUGGCUUCCUUCAGGGAGGACCUGCAGAAGGACCGGGCCAUGCUGGAGAACGCGGCCACCCUGACCUCCAGACAGCAGAGGGCGCUACAGGUCCGCUGCGGGCAGAAGACCAUCCUGAACCAGCUGAUGGAGCUCACUAAACCAUGAUGUUUACCAGCACAGGGCGGAUCCGUCAUAUGCUUACCUUACCAGUACAUACCAAGUCAUGACCGUGUUCACCUGUAAAGUCAUGCACAGCAUCACAUUCAACACCCGAGUAAUGCUUUAGUAGUUGAUGCCCUUAGGCUGUACUUUCAUGGGUUAAAGAGCGCUGCACAUUCUGGCAAUAAAAAUAGCAUACUAGUACCAAACUGGUGAUCAUCAUGGUAGUGACAUUUGGUCCAAACCUCUUUAGUGAUUAUAAAAUCAUGAAUGUGCCUGAGAAACUAAAGCUCAUCGUGAAAUAGACCUGUGAUUACUGUGGAACUUUACUUAAAGAAGUCAUAAUAGUUGUUUUUAUUAAAUAUUUGUUUUCUUGAUGGCUUACUAGUUGACUCCUUGUCUCCCUCAGUGGUAGCCUGGUUGUCCUGUUCCAUCAGCAUGAGUUAACUGGCCUCUGCAGAUAUAGACUUAUGACUCAGUAUGGUUUGUGUCCAGUGGACUAAUGUUCCAAUGUAUUCUGCAGUAAUGUACAGUAAACUGCAUUUUUUUUCCAGCUUGUUGAAUUUACACAUUUUGUACAAUAAAACCAGGAAAAAAAAAAAGCAAUGGGUCCUUGUCCAUGGUGAGCCAUUCUUGUGAGUUUAAAUGAAGGAAACAUGGAUGUGCAGUUCAAUUGUUUAAUGUGUAUAACUACAGUAUGCAUACAUACAGGAAAUAAGUAGCAAGAACUAAAGGCAACUAUAAAGGACUACAAAAUACAACACACGGACCAAUACAUUUACAAAACAUUCAAAAUCCUUACAAAAUGGUCUGUAUUGGUCCUUCUUUUGUUGUUCUGCAAUUUGGAUCUUUGUACAAGUUUUAAGAUUAGAUUUUGUCAUCUUAAAGUUUCCACAAUUUUACAAGUGCCAGGGAGAGCCAGUGAAACGCAGUUUAAAAUGGAACCAACCAACCAUCCUCACCCCCCACAGCCCAGGAGAGGAGCCUAGGAGACAGGCUAGUGCUCUGCCCACUCAGAAACGCAACAAAAAAGGAAACAGCCGCCGCUUUAUCAUCCUAUACCAGCAAGUCUCUGAACGCAAAUCAGUCAUAGAAGAAAAGAAAAAAAGCCCAAAAAACCAAAAAAUCUGUAAGAGGGAGACAAACAGGGGGGCUUUGGUAGUGAGUGAAAGCGUGUGUGUGUGUGUGCGCACGCGCGCGCAUGUGUUCAUUUGUCUUUACAAUGUAAAUGUUUUUCUUGGACAUCUUUUCCCCACUCUGCUGGAACUAUCUAGCUCUCCGUCUCCCUUUUAAUAUUUACAUCGAAGCCUCCAAAAAAUUAUAUUAAACAGCAUGUCCAAAUAACUUCUCAAUAUUCAGGCAACAAAAAAAAAAGAGAAAAA